UGCGCGCGGGCUGCCGGGCGCGGCGCGGUGCCCGCUGGGAACAGGUCACCAUGGCGGCCCGUGUCCUCUCGGCCUGUGUCCGCCGCCUCCUGCCCCGGCCGCCCCCGGCCGCCCCGCGGCCCGCAGCCCUCGGCACCCUCUGCCCCCGCUGCCCGCGGGCCUCGCCGGGCACGGCCCCGCCGCCCCCGCAGCUGCUGGCGCAGGUGCCGCGGGCGGCCUGGCCGCUGUGCCGCCGCUUCUCCGACCUGCCGCCCCUGACCUUGGAGGACAUCAAGGAGCGCGUCCUCUACGUCCUCAAGCUGUACGACAAGAUCGACCCCGAGAAGCUCACAGCUGAAUCCCACUUCAUGAAAGACCUGGGUUUGGACAGUUUGGACCAAGUGGAAAUAAUUAUGGCUAUGGAAGACGAAUUUGGGUUUGAAAUUCCUGAUGGAGAUGCAGAAAAGUUAAUGUGUCCACAAGAGAUUGUAGAUUACAUUGCAGAUAAGAAGGAUGUUUAUGAAUAAAAACAGUUCUUCGAAGCCGAGAGAUGUCUCUACUACUAGGACUGGGCUGGUGUCAGCGGGUAUGAAUACAAGCGCACAUGCUGUACUGUUGCUGCUUUCAUCGGAAAGUUGUACUUGGACGUUGUAUUUAAAGCUGUCUGAAUGUGUUGUCCUUUAAAAACAAGAUAAAAAAGGAAUAAAUAUAUAAGACCAU